AUGACAAAAGCAGCUUUCACUGGAGAGAUUUCAGUGAGAACAAGAAAUAAGUGGUCAGCAGUACUGCAGGGUGCAGUGUCAUUACCGGUAGCAAUGGCCACUGGUGAUUGCAAGGUUGCAAAGAAGAAUUGCCAAAGCUACCGCGGAAUUUUGUUGUUCUCUUCUCUUUCAUCAAGAGUUUCUCCUGUUGCAGCAAAAGAGGCUUGA